AAUAUAUUUAUGAAAAAUUUGAUUUUACAUAUGCAGAAAUGGAAGAUGACUUGACCUGCCCAGUAUGCCUUGAAUUGUUUGCAGACCCCUUAAUGCUGCCUUGCUCUCACAGUGUUUGCAAAGCCUGCCUCAUGGAUAUAAUGAAAUGCCGAACUAAAAUAGGAAAACAAGAUUUAGAGUGUCCAUCAUGUAGAGAUAACCAUAAUGUAUCAUUAGAGAAUCUUGAAAGAUUUCCCAAAAAUUUGGCUUUAGAAAACAUUGUCUUUCGUUAUCAAGAGAUUCUGAGCAACAGACUGAGUAGAGCUGUUAAACUGGACAGUUCAAACAAUGAUGAUUUAUCGAAAAAUCUAUCGCUUUCAUCAAUGAAAGACCAGGAAUCUUUUAAAGAUGAAGUUUCAAAGUUUUUGUGUGGACUGUGUGAUGACUCUAACCAAAAACCAGCUGAAUGGUUCUGCCAGCAGUGUGAAGUAUUGUAUUGUCAGUUGUGUUUAAACACUUUUCAUCCUAGACGUGGUUCUCUUACCAAUCACAAGAUUAAGAGAGCUGAUUUGAAAGCAGAAAGUACAUUGGACUGCCCUGACCAUACUACUGAAAAAAUCAGCAUAUUUUGCAAUACAUGUAAAGUUGUUGCUUGUCACCUGUGUGUCUGCCAGGGCAGAGGACAGCAUGGAAACCAUUUGAUAUUUGAUCUUGAAACUGCCAGGAAACAACUUAAGGAAACGGUUACAAAAUCUAAGGAUGAUUUAUUAAAAAUUCUAACUUCUUUUUCUGAUAGAGAAGGUGCAGUUACUGCUAAUAUACAAUCCUUAAAGGCCCUUGAAGAAUCUGCCAGAGAUUGUGUUUCUAGUCAAUACAAUUGCUUUUUAUCUGAUAUAGAAGCCAUACUCAGUGUAGCUAAGGAUAAGACAAUUAAGUCUAUCAUAGAAAAUACAAGUCAUCAUUUACUGCGCUUUAACACAAGUAAACAAGAUAUAAAAACUGUUUUAACGCAAUGUCAAGACUUGGAUGAACUUUGUGAAAAUAUUAUAUUUCAAGAAAAAAUAAAUAAAGACAACUUUACAUUCUCAUUUUCUGACCAUAUCCCAUUAUCCACCACUAGAACAGGACUUAACACCAACAUUUCUACAAAAGAAGAUUCUUCAAAUUCAGCUGUAUUUUUUGAGCAGCCCAAUAUAAUACAAUCUGCUAUUAACUCAAAAAACACACGUUCACAACUGUCAACAGAGCUUAAUGAAAAGAAUAAAAUGAAAGCAAUGGUACAGAUAGAUUUGUUUAAACAAGUUGACCUAAAACAAAGAGCAUCAUUUGCAUCUGGUUAUUCAGGUUAUGGGUGUCAAUUAGAAAAGAAGCUAGUUUCUGAGGGAAUAAUAAAGGAUCAACAUUCUUCAGGAUCAAUGGAAACUGAGAAAGUUGAGUAUGAAAAUGUAUUAUUUGGCAAAGAUGAUAAAACCAACCUUUUGUUGGUUACAAAAAAAUGUGUUGCUGACUUUAAAAAUUCGGAGAGGAAGUUAUCAAGAGAAACUACAAAAAUAAACAAUUUAGCUGAAGCAAAGCAAAGUUUGCAAGAAUUAAAUGCUACUAAAGAAAUACAAAAUGAAAAGAAUAAAGACAUAUUACUUAGGGCUGAUGAAAUAACACCUGUUGUGGAACAAGUAGCUGCUUUAUCAAAAUUAAUUGAAUACCACCACUCUUUUGAUGUCGAUGACGCAAAGAUGAUGAAAGAAUAUGCAACAAAUAUAAAAGAAUCUAUAUCUGAUUUUCAUUCAACAUCUUUAAAGCUUAUCUCCUCCCUUGCUGUAGACACUUCUCCAUUAGACAGUCCCAAAAUAAUCCCAGCAGUGCGCUCAGUUGUAUCUCCACCAAACAUGAACCAAGCAAGUAGUAUUCCAAGAGUGCUAAGUAGAAUAUUAAUCACCUGGGGAUUCAAUUCAACAACAUUUACAGCAGAUCCUAUUGAAAACUCUGCUCAGUGGACUGUAAAUAUCAUUAAAAACUCAAGCCAUAUAGGAGAUAUAAAGUCUGGAUAUUUGUUUGGUGUGGGAGUUUCUACUAAACCACUUGUUUCAAAGGAACAGGUGGGAAUGAAUGCCGACUCUCUUGCCGUUGUCUGUGUUGAUGGAACUAUAGCAGUUUGUCAAAACAGUAAAUUAAGUCCUAUCAUACCUUUAAAUGACCUGCCUUUAUCUGUAACUAUUUCUGUGGAUAAAACUCAAAUAGGCUUGUUUAUGACUUAUAAAAUUGUUCAAAGCAGUUUAGUUAUUGCAGUCUGUGGUAAAAGAAUUCUAAUCCUUACUAAUGAAUACAGCUCUGCUGGAGCAUUUCCAGAUUUGUGUAUCAAAUCCUUUCCUGUAUUUACUGUUAGCCAGAGGGUAAAAAUGCAGUUUCCAUUAACAUCUGAUGUCUAAAUGUAAAUACUUUAGAUAAUGUACAUACAUGUACUUUUAAGGCAAAAACAGUUUUCUCAAGUUUUGUAAAAAAAAAUUCAUAAAAAACGUUUUAAUAACAAGCUUUUAUGUAAUGAUGCACUAAAAAUA